GAGUUUAGAUACCACAGUUCUAAUGUAAUAAACUGAUUCUCAACAUGAUAUUCACGAAAAGGCUGUCACCGUAAUGUGCAGACGAGAUCGUAAAGUAUGCUUUCAAUCAUUUCUAUUAAGUCACAUUAUUUUUUUUCUCUAUACGCAAGCCCUCAGCUUCCUUUGCUCUCCAUUAAAAUGCGUGUGUUGAAAUUAAUGUGAUGCCACUGACCACUUGGGUGUUUUGCUAGCUGGAGCAGAAACGGAAAAAAGCGUAACCUCACGCAACGUUAACAAUAAAUAGUAAAUCCUCCGCCCGUACUGGAGUCAGUUGGUGUUCGACGUUUGACCUAAGCAGUUUCCAGUGAUAAGCCAGCGAAAACAGCCCAAAAAUGUGCGCCGACGAUAAUACUCUCUACUCUGUCCCCAGUAUGGAAAAGGUGCCGGAAAAGUAUGACGAUCGGAUUACGGAGAUGAGUGAAAUGCACCACAAAAUAGCCGCUGAACAACUGCGUGAGGAUGAUAGCAUUCGGAGCCAGAGUCUGGCGCAAAUGCGGGAAUUCAUUGCCAAACAUCCCCACAUCAAGAAGUGCCGAACCGACGCUCAGUUUUUGCUUCGAUUCCUUCGUAGCAAAAAGUACUCGAUCAACAGCGCCACUGAGGUCCUGGAACGGUUUCUUAUUGCCAGAAAAGUGCACCCACAAUGGUUCUACCCACUGGAUAUCGAAGAUCCCGAGCUUAAUGCCUUCGCUGACACUGGGUAUUUGUUCCCACUGCCUGAACGUGAUGCCAAGGGUCGCGCUAUGAUCUUCAAUGAAACAGGGAAGCUUGAUCCAACCAAGUUCGCAGCCCAUCAUGUUACGCGUAUGCACAUGAUGGUGUACGAGAGUUUGAUGGACCAAAGUGAUACUCAGUGUGCUGGAGUAGUUCAUGUUUACGAUUUGACUGGGAUGACGAUGGCCCAAAUUAGUUUGGUUACGUUGAAUGAAAUUAAGGCUCUGGCGGGAUAUCUGAACAAGGCCACACCUAUGCGGAUUCAGGAAUUCCAUUUCGUCAACACUCCCGGAGCUACGGCCACCAUCGUCAAUUUCGCCAUGCAACUGCUCAGUGAUAAGCUGCGAGAACGUGUCUUCUGCCACAAUAAUUGGGAUGAACUGUACGCUGUGCUAGAUAAAAACUUACUCCCAAAGGAAUUCGGUGGAAAGAUUCCAAAGGCCGAACUGAUCGAGCAGUUCAAGCAGCGCUGCCAAAAGUUGCGCGGCCGAUUGUUGACAAUGAGCGAGUUUGAUAUUGAAAUCACCAAAGAUUCUAAGUACUGGCAGGAGACAACAGAUGCCGAGCUGGAGACUGGUGCGGUCGGUAGCUUCCGUAAACUGACGGUGGAUUGAAGUUGUGGUUACAGAUGAUGUUCAUCUUCUUUACGAGUGUUUGUUAAUGAGUGUGUUUGUUACAGAUGAAAAGUGUGUUCGCUAGGUUAGGUAUA